GUCAAACAAAACCAUCUCCCUCUCUCUAUAUAUGUCUUAUAUAAGCCGAGGUUACUGUAUGAAGAGAGCAUCUGUGUAGAAUUCUGGGAUUGAGAGCCAUGGGAACUCAAGCAUUUACGCCAGACUACUCAAAAGAAGUCGAUCAACGAACUGCACAACAGAAGGCAAUAGACGAAUGGUUGCCGAUUACUUCAUCGAGGAAUGCAAAAUGGUGGUACUCAGCUUUCCACAAUGUUACUGCAAUGGUUGGUGCCGGAGUUCUCAGUCUCCCCUAUGCCAUGGCAGAACUAGGAUGGGGCCCUGGAGUGACUGUGCUGGUUAUAUCUUGGAUUGUCACUUUAUACACUCUAUGGCAAAUGGUUGAAAUGCAUGAAAUGGUUCCUGGAAAACGUUUCGACAGAUAUCAUGAACUCGGACAACAUGCAUUUGGUGAAAAACUUGGUCUUUACAUUGUGGUACCACAGCAACUAAUUGUUGAAGUUGGGGUCGACAUAGUUUACAUGGUUACAGGAGGGAGAUCUUUGAUGAAAUUCCAUGAUUUAGUAUGCAAAGAUUGCAAGGAUAUUAAGCUUACCUAUUUCAUCAUGAUCUUCGCCUCAGCCCACUUUGUGUUAUCUCAUCUUCCCAAUUUCAAUGCAAUAUCCGGUGUAUCUUUGGCUGCAGCCGUUAUGUCCUUGAGUUAUUCAACUAUAGCUUGGGGUGCAUCAGUCGACAAGGGUGUGCAAGCAGACGUUCAAUACGGCUACAAGGCUACGACUACAGCAGGAACUAUUUUCAACUUCUUUAGUGCCUUGGGUGAUGUAGCUUUUGCUUAUGCCGGUCACAACGUCGUGUUGGAAAUUCAAGCUACGAUUCCUUCUACACCGGAGAAGCCUUCUAAGGGACCUAUGUGGAGGGGAGUGAUUGUUGCUUAUAUAGUCGUUGCAUUGUGCUACUUUCCUGUUGCACUUAUCGGGUAUUGGAUGUUCGGCAAUAAAGUUGACGACAACAUUCUUAUCUCGUUAGAAAAACCUGUAUGGCUAAUUGCCAUGGCCAACAUGUUUGUCGUGAUUCAUGUCAUUGGGAGCUAUCAGAUUUAUGCAAUGCCAGUUUUUGAUAUGAUUGAAACUGUACUUGUAAAAAAACUAAAAUUCAGGCCUAGUUGGAUGUUGCGAUUUGUUACGAGGAAUAUUUAUGUUGCAUUUACUAUGUUUGUUGGAAUCACCUUCCCUUUCUUUGGUGGGCUUCUUGGGUUUUUCGGCGGAUUUGCUUUUGCACCAACUACAUACUUUCUUCCUUGCAUAAUGUGGUUAGCCAUUUACAAACCAAGGAAAUACAGUCUAUCUUGGUGGACUAAUUGGAUUUGCAUUGUUCUUGGAGUUAUUUUGAUGAUUGUUGCACCUAUUGGAGGACUAAGGCAGAUUAUUCUCCAAGCAAAGGAUUACGAAUUCUACUCAUAAGUUAAAGAAAUUUAAGAAAUUUCAAGUAGAAUUCUCAAAAACAGAAACUGGAAGGAAUUCUGCCCAUAAAAUCAGACAAAGAUAUUUUGGUGGGAGCUUUUCACUGCUCUGUAUUUCUAUUUCUGCAUUUGGUUGUGUGUAAAUUUGUUUUGGAGACUUUCUUAUAUGUAAUCCCGCAAGUUCAGUAAGGAGAUUUUGAUAGAACUGAACAUUAUUAAGGAAAAAAAAAGUUAAAACUCUUCUUCAUUAUAUUGUGUAAUUCGUGAUAUGUAUUAUGAACCAAACAUGCACUUAAGGUGUGCAUCAUUAGAUUGAAUGGACAUAUGAUCCGUUAUCUUGUAUUGAGAAAUGUGAAAUACGAGUAAUAUUUCUUGCAGCGUUA